CAUGGCUCCGGGCCGGGCGCUGCUGCCCGCGGCGCUGCUGGCGCUGGCGCUGAGCCCGGGGUCCGCGGCCGCGCUGCCGUGCGCCGCUCACUGCCCGGCGGGUACGUUCGUAGCGAGCGCCGACUGCGGACGGGGAGCGGGCGCGUCCUGCCAGCCCUGCCCGGCCGGCACCUUCUCCAGCGCGGCGGGACGCGGCGGCUGCAGGCUGUGUCGGCAGUGCGAAGGACUAUUUCAGUAUUCGAAAAGGUGUUCCUCAACAAGUGAUGCUGAAUGCACGUGCAAGGAGGGCUACCGCUGCGGCGGUGAUGGCUGCACCUACUGCACCCGGAGCUGUGGCGUGGGCCGGGAGAGCACCAGGAACGGUUGCCAGGCUUGCCGCUACGGAACCUUUAAUGAUCAGCCCAAUGGCUCCUGUAAAAACUGGACAAUGUGCUCUGGAAACCAAGUCCUGGAGCCUGGAACUCCAGCAAAAGAUGUCAUUUGCAAAGACGCUUCAGUUAAUUUCACUGCAGUCACUACUCUACCUACAACAUCUCUGGAAAUUCCAUUUUCUAUCACUGUGCCAGGGAAGGAUGUUCAGACAGACAUGAUCAGGAUUUCUCUCGCUGUGGCUGGGCUGUCGUGCAUAGUGUUUCUGCUGCCUUUGUGCAUCUGCUUCAGUGUCUGGCAGAAAAAGAAACUACACACUGUCUUCAGGAAAAUGCACACACCUGAACAGUCAGUUCAGGAAGAUGAUGCCUGCAGCUGCCACUUCCCCGAGGAAGAACAAGGUGAAUAUCAGAAUCCUGGCAAGUCCACAGAAUUGAGAGAUCUUCUGGUGAACUAGAAAUUGAACUGCCCACAUCAGCCACAUUUGAAUUUUCUUUUGGAACACAGAACAAGAACCUAUUUAUGUAAAUAGAGCAGGUGUCAGCACCUGAGUGUUAGAGCAGUAAAUUGCCCAGCCACUGGAGAAAAAGUGCCUUUUUUUUUAUAUUUCUUAAAAAAAUAAUAAACCCUCCAAAACAG